GGCCGGCGAGGACGCGCAGGCGUGAAGCUGCGCAGGCGCGGGGUCCGCCCCUGGGACCCUCGGGCCCGGGAGGGUUUGGGCCCACAGUGUCCCUGACUCGGGCCCCAGAGCAGGCAGGAGAAAAGUUACAUUCCAGAAAUGUCUUUCCUCCAGGAUCCAAGUUUCUUCACCAUGGGAAUGUGGUCCAUCGGCGCAGGAGCCCUGGGUGCUGCUGCCUUGGCACUGCUCCUGGCCAACACUGAUGUGUUUCUGUCCAAGCCGCAGAGAGCAGCACUGGAGUAUCUGGAGGACAUAGACCUGAAAACACUAGACAAGGAACCAAGAACUUUCAAAGCAAAAGAGCUAUGGGAAAAGAAUGGAGCUGUGAUCAUGGCUGUGAGGAGGCCAGGCUGUUUCCUCUGUCGAGAGGAAGCUGCAGACUUGUCGUCAUUGAAACCUAAGUUGGAGGAGCUGGGCAUCCCGCUCUAUGCUGUGGUGAAGGAGCAGAUUGGGACUGAAGUGAAGGACUUCCAGCCUUAUUUCAAAGGAGAAAUCUUCCUGGAUGAAAAGAAAAGGUUUUAUGGUCCACAAAGGCGGAAGAUGAUGUUUAUGGGAUUUAUCCGACUGGGAGUGUGGUACAACUUCUUCCGGGCCUGGAAUGGAGGCUACUCUGGAAACCUAGAAGGUGAAGGCUUCAUCCUCGGUGGAGUUUUUGUGGUGGGAUCAGGAAAACAGGUAAAUUCCUAUUGUUUACUUGUGUGAUGGUGGGUUUAUGCA